GCCCUCCGCCGUCUAUUUACCUGCAGUCCCCCCCUCCGCUCCCGCCUCAGCGGCCCCGCCCGCCGCGAGGGCCUCUGGGAAGAGGCGGAGAACAAUAUGGCGGAUGGCGAGGAGCCGGAGAAGAAAAGAAGGAGAAUAGAGGAGCUGCUGGCUGAGAAAAUGGCUGUUGAUGGUGGGUGUGGGGACACUGGAGACUGGGAAGGUCGCUGGAACCAUGUAAAGAAGUUCCUCGAGCGAUCUGGACCCUUCACACACCCUGAUUUCGAACCAAGCACUGAAUCUCUCCAGUUUUUGUUAGAUACAUGUAAAGUUCUAGUCAUUGGAGCUGGUGGCUUAGGAUGUGAGCUCCUGAAAAAUCUGGCAUUGUCUGGUUUUAGAAAGAUUCAUGUUAUAGACAUGGAUACUAUAGAUGUUUCCAAUCUAAAUAGACAGUUUUUAUUCAGGCCUAAAGAUGUUGGAAGACCGAAGGCCGAAGUUGCUGCGGAAUUCCUGAAUGACAGAGUUCCUAACUGUAACGUUACUCCACAUUUCAAAAAGAUUCAAGAUUUUAAUGACACUUUCUACCGACAGUUUCAUAUUAUUGUGUGUGGACUGGAUUCUAUCAUAGCCAGAAGAUGGAUAAACGGCAUGCUGAUAUCUCUGCUGAAUUAUGAAGAUGGUGUGUUAGAUCCAAGCUCCAUCAUCCCUUUGAUAGAUGGGGGGACAGAAGGCUUUAAAGGAAAUGCUCGGGUGAUUUUGCCUGGGAUGUCUGCUUGUAUUGAGUGUACGCUAGAACUUUAUCCACCACAGGUCAACUUCCCCAUGUGCACUAUUGCAUCUAUGCCCAGGUUACCAGAACAUUGUAUUGAAUAUGUAAGGAUGUUGCAGUGGCCUAAAGAGCAGCCUUUUGGAGAUGGGGUUCCAUUAGAUGGCGAUGAUCCUGAACAUAUUCAGUGGAUUUUCCAAAAAUCUGUAGAGAGAGCCUCACAAUAUAACAUUAGGGGUGUUACAUAUAGACUCACUCAAGGGGUAGUAAAACGAAUCAUUCCUGCAGUGGCCUCCACAAAUGCAGUCAUUGCGGCUGUGUGUGCCACUGAGGUUUUUAAAAUAGCCACAAGUGCAUACAUUCCCCUUAAUAAUUACUUGGUAUUCAAUGAUGUAGACGGACUCUACACAUACACAUUUGAAGCAGAGAGAAAGGAAAACUGCCCAGCAUGUAGUCAGCUUCCUCAAAACAUUCAGUUUUCUCCAUCAGCUAAGCUACAGGAGGUUUUGGAUUAUCUAACCAAUAGUGCAUCUCUGCAAAUGAAGUCUCCAGCUAUCACAGCCACAUUAGAGGGGAAAAAUAGAACACUUUACUUACAGUCAGUAACCUCUAUUGAAGAGCGAACAAGGCCAAAUCUUUCCAAGACAUUGAAAGAAUUGGGACUUGUUGAUGGACAAGAACUGGCCGUUGCUGAUGUCACCACACCGCAGACUGUACUAUUCAAACUUCAUUUUACUUCUUAAGGAAAAUAAAUUUGCACAAGUUGAAAAGGCAUAGGAAUAAUAUACUUUAUGAAUGCUAAGAAAUUUAACUGAAGGGUGGGGAAGGUGGGGCAGAGGGGAUUCCCCAAAAAGGAAAUUUAAUCAAUGUCAUUUUUAGCAUUAGUGUUGCUAGAAUUUGACAUACAUACAUAUAUAUAUAUAUAUUAUAUAAUGAACUGCUCUUUUUUAACUUUAUAACUUUCUCUUGGAGACUGAAUUUUGGGAUUGUGGUAGGCAUUUUCAUUAGUAAUAUGGGAAAUGAUGCCUGGAGAGAAAGAUUAUGAACAGAUGCACUGCUUCUUUAAAGCAGAGGACAAACACUCUCUUUUGUGUGAGUUUUGUUAUUAUGGUCAAAGAAUGCAUUCUUCAGCUUUCAUUUGAGCAUCCACAUGUACAGAAAUGUGUCCUUUCAUGGAAAUGAGGAAUUCAGUUUUAAAAACAAUAAAUCCUAUAAUCUGACAUCUAGAGCAUAUCAAACAUAGGCUGUUUCUUCACUUGUUAUUCAUAUGAUUGUGGCUGUCCAAAUGUAUGUUAAUUAUUGCAGAGUAAACUUGUCCAUAAUAAUAUGUGAACAGUAUUAUAGCUGAAUACCUGUGCAUGAAAAUAGUAAAUAUUUUCAUGUGUUACUUGCAAUGCCAGUGUGCACAAGUUUAAACUAAGACAUGGCUGUUUUAAAAAAAAAACUAAUGUUAAAACAGUUAUCACCCUUGCUUUUGCACUAUUUAUUAAUAAAAUUGUACAUUGUCUA